AUAUGUAACACUAUAUUUAGAUAGCACGCAUAACAGUAACAUAACAAUCUAAUUUACAUGCAGUAAUAAUAGAAGAAGAGAAAAAAUAAAUGACAACCAACUGUAUUAAACUAAAUGCAACCACACGUGAUCAAGCCUCGGCGCAUGUUAUCAUUUAGCCCCGACACCACACUGAUGGCACUGCAUGUGAAACAAGCAUGCUAACUUACGCGGCUCUGUCAUUCACAAGUCCUUUUACUGCAAAUCUUAGCCACCAUUGCCGCCGAUACAUAGACUCUCCGACGCCGUAAAUGUGUACUUACGUUCACGCGAUAACACACAAGAGCAGCAGCGCAAAGUUUCCUUCUACAUUAUUUAUUUAUCAGUUUACCUCUUUAUAUCCGACUUCAAGCUUGUCAAGUUUUGAGAAUUAUUAGAAAUGUUUGGGUUUUCGAGGAGAAGAAUGAAGCUUGGCAGACUAAAGGUUCAACUUUCUGACUCUGCUCAAGGAACUAGAAGUCCUAUAAGGCCCACAAAACGAUUUGGCAGUUCCAAUGCAGAAGGUGCUGCAGCAAGUGCUGAAAGUGAUGAACUCAAUUGCCAUUCUUCAUCCACCGCACCAGAGCUUAAUAGUUGCACUUCCGGCAGUUCUGAAAAUUGGAUGGUGCUUUCAAUCAGUGGGGAAAAGCCUACUCCUCGUUUCAAUCAUGGAGCGACUGUCAUUGGGAACAAGAUGGUGAUUGUUGGUGGUGAAUCUGGAAAUGGUUUGCUGGAAGAUGUUCAGGUGCUGAGUUUUGAUCGAUUUUCAUGGACCAAGGCUUCAUCAAAGCUUUACCUUUCACCCACUAGUCUACCGCUAAAGAUUCCAGCAUGCAAAGGUCACACCUUGGUACCUUGGGGGAAGAAGGUACUUCUAAUUGGAGGCAAAACUGAACCUGUUAGUGUCAGAGUGUCAGUAUGGGCAUUUGACAUGGAAGCAGAAUGUUGGUCAUUAAUUGAAGCAAAGGGAGACAUUCCGGUUGCGCGUAGUGGUCAUACAGUGGUUAGAGCAAACUCUGCUCUUAUUCUCUUUGGAGGUGAAGAUUCUAGGAGGAGGAAACUCAAUGAUCUGCAUAUGGGACCAAAACCCUCGGCAAGAUCAAACCACAUUGCUGCUCUUUAUAAUGACAAAAUGCUUCUCGUUUUUGGUGGGGCGUCUAAGUCAAGAACUCUGAAUGAUAUAUGGUAUGGUCAAGAAUUAAAACACGAGGUUUCCAUCCGUCCCCUAGAGCCGGUUGUUGUGGAGCACUUUGUGGAACUAAGUGGGCCUGCAGAGACCUUAAUUUUUGAUGUGCUGAAAUUUGAAUGGUCAAUUGCCGUUGCUUCACCUCCCUCUUCCAUCACUACCAGCAAGGGUUUUAGCCUUGUUCUUGUGCAGCAUAAGGAAAGAGAUUUUCUUGUUGCAUUUGGUGGUACCAAGAAAGAUCCGUCCAACCAGGUAGAGGUACUUAUCAUGGAAAAAGUUGAAUCAUCCAUAGUACGGAGAUCAACUUUGAGCAAAGUUGCUGGAACAUUGUUGUCCUCUCAGCAAGGGAAUGCUUCUCUCGGUGGUCAUUUUGAUUCUGUGUCCAGGCAAAAUUUAGCAUCCGCAAUUGAACAACAUGGAUCUGGUAGAAGAUCUUUGUCAGAGUCUUUACUUGUUGACCCAAACUCCGGUCCCAGUAAUGUCUCCCUCCGCAAACAACUCUACAAUGAGGAGACUCCUGAUGUGAACACCACAAAGAGCUCAGAGGAUAAAAGUUCUUUCAGGGUAAUUGACCAAAACACAAAGCCUCCCGAUUCUGUUGUUGAUGCAAGCCAUACUGAUGAUGGAAAUGCAGACGAAACACCAAGCACAGCUGAAUCUGACAAAUCAAACCUCGACAAGCAAGGAAGUGAAAGCCCACAGUUAGAAGGUGAAAACCCCGCAUUCCAAGAAAUCGAUGGUAAAUUGAGAAUGAUAAUGCCUUCAGGUGCCUAUCAGAUAUACGAAGCCAAGUUAGCCAGUCUCUUACGGAAGAAUGGCAUCCUGGAAGGCCAGCUGGCGUCUGCAUUAUCUGCUCGUGAAUCAGCAGAAAAGAACUUGUCGUCUGCUGUUAGAAGCAGACAGGAAAUGGAGCAGAAAUUGGGGGACAGCUUGAAGGAAAUAGAUUUGCUCAAAGAGAAGCUGACAAGUGUUGAGCUGGCACAGGAAGAGGCCAAUAGCCUCUCGAAUAUCGUCCACUCGGACAAUGUGAGGCUCGAGCAUGACGUGGCUUUCCUCAAGGCUAUUCUUGACGACACGCAAAAGGAGCUUCAUUCGACCAGGGGAGUUCUGGCUGGUGAGCGUGCACGAGCAUUCCAACUACAGGUCGAAGUUUUCCAUCUGAAACAGAGAUUGCAGUCCUUAGAGACUCGAGCGCCAACACCAAGGAAACCUUUCCACGUUUAGGCAACAGCGCACGCCGUACGGUCCGACACAGUGAAGGUGGUCAACGGAUCAGACGUCACAAGAUUUACUCCAUGUCCGGCUCCUUCCUCCUGCCGUCGGCGCCGCCUGCCGCCUUGAGAUCAAGUUGUGGUUUGAAAGAGAUUGUGAAAUUAUUGCCUAUGACAUAGAAUUUUGAUCGGAUCUUGAAUCCGGAUGAGUUCAAUGCGGAUAUAAUUGUGUUUUUGAACGAUUUUGAGUGUUAAUUUGAUGUUUAUGGAUGAUUUAAUUACGAUUAUUGAU